AUGUCUGUUGUUUGUGAGGUAGAGAAGGUUCCUGGAAUUGGAGUUCAUGGAGAUGAGUCAGAUAAUUCUAGAACGGGGCUUGGUAAUGAAUCUUUGUCAGGGAGGGAGAAUAUUUUCGUUGGUUCAAGGUCAGAUAAUUCCAUGAGCUCAGAGCAUGGGAUGGAAGCAAUUAUUAAUAUGGACAUUGACAAUGAUUAUGAGAGAGAUAUUAGUGAUGAUGUUGCGUUGGAGGAAAACAGCAAUGAGGAAAUAUUUGGACUUGAAAAUGUGUAUGACUAUUAUGGUGAAUCCGACGUGGAGAAUUAUUUUUAUGAUGAGUCAGUAGUUGGCAAACAUUAUGUGGAGGCAAAGCCGUCGAAGAGCAAUGAGUCCCAUGUUGAUGAUGGUGAUGAUGCGAACCUCAGUCAAGCUUGUCAGGCAGAGGAUACGAUAGAGUUGUACAUGAUGAUAAAGGAGAUGACUUUUCCUAGUGAAGAAGCUGCAUUCGUAUUCUACAACAGCUAUGCCAACGAUAAUGGAUUCAGCAUCAGAUUGGAUAAGAUGACUGUGAAGCUGAAUGAAAAACUUGGUGUCUGGUAUGUUGAUAGUUUUGAUAAAAAGCACAGUCAUACGUUAGCAAGAGCGGAUGAAACACCUUUUCUUUGGUCGCAUAGAAAAAUCAGAGAUCAUCAGAAGGCUGAGAUCUUAGCUAUGGGAGCUGCAGGUAUUAGGAAGCACACCAUAAUGGAUUCUAUGAUUAGCAGAAGUGGAUGGUAUGGCGGCGUUGGGUACGUCCGACGGGAUCUGUACAACCUUUGCAGCAAGGAAAAGAGGAAACUACGUGCGAAGGGUGAUGCUGCCACAACCAUAGGCAUUAUGCUGAGCAGAAAGGAGAAGGACCCAAGUUUUUAUUUCGACUAUGACUUAGAUGAAGAAGGACGGCUAAAGAGAAUGUUCUGGUGUGACUCGCAGUCUGUACAGGACUAUGAGUACUAUGGAGAUGUCCUUGUGUUUGACAGCACGUACAAGAUGAAUCGCUAUGGUAUGCCAUUCAUACCUUUUGUUGGUCUGAACAAUCACCGUAGGACUACGGUUUUUGGUUGUGCCAUAGUUUCAGAUGAGAAAGAAGAAACUUAUGUGUGGUUGCUUCAAACAUUUCUGAAGGCAAUGUGUCAGAAGAAGCCUUUGAGUGUAAUUACGGACGCCGACUCAGCGAUGAUUAGGGCAAUCCGCACUGUAUUUCCCAAUGUCUGGCACCGCAUAUGUUCUUGGCAUGUUGAAAAAAAUAUGAAGAUCCAUCUCAGUCACAAGUCAUUGGGCGAGUCCGGUCAAUGUUGUACUAUAGCACGUCCAUAG